GCGCGUGUGCGCGCGCGAGGCGGGCGGGCGGCUCGCCCCUCGGCGGGGCCGCGCGCGCGGGGGCCGGCUCUUUGUGCGCGCGUCCCUGCCCCCAGCCCGCCGGGGGACAAUGUCUCAGCCCCGAGGCAAGAAGAGAAACCCUGGGCUGAAAAUUCCUAAAGAAGCUUUUGAGCAACCACAGACAAGCUCCACGCCACCCAGAGAUCUGGACUCCAAAGCCUGCAUCUCUAUUGGUGAGGAGAACUUUGAGGUGAAGGCCGAUGACCUGGAGCCCAUCUCCGAGCUGGGACGAGGUGCGUACGGGGUGGUGGAGAAGAUGCGGCACGUGCCCAGCGGGCAGAUCAUGGCAGUGAAGCGGAUCCGAGCCACGGUGAACAGCCAGGAGCAGAAGAGGCUGUUGAUGGAUCUGGAUAUCUCCAUGAGGACGGUGGAUUGUCCCUUCACUGUCACCUUUUACGGGGCACUCUUCCGAGAGGGAGAUGUGUGGAUUUGCAUGGAGCUGAUGGAUACCUCACUGGACAAAUUCUACAAACAUGUCAUUGACAAAGGCCUGACGAUUCCCGAGGACAUCCUGGGGAAAAUCGCAGUCUCUAUUGUAAAAGCUCUAGAACAUCUCCACAGUAAGCUCUCCGUGAUCCACCGAGAUGUAAAGCCCUCUAACGUGUUGAUCAAUACGCAGGGGCAGGUGAAAAUGUGCGAUUUUGGGAUUAGCGGUUACCUCGUUGACUCUGUUGCUAAAACCAUGGAUGCAGGAUGCAAACCCUACAUGGCUCCUGAGAGAAUUAACCCGGAGCUGAACCAGAAGGGAUACAGCGUCAAAUCCGACAUCUGGAGCCUGGGGAUCACCAUGAUCGAGCUGGCCAUCCUGCGCUUCCCCUACGACUCCUGGGGCACGCCCUUCCAGCAGCUCAAGCAGGUGGUGGAGGAGCCGUCGCCGCAGCUCCCAGCAGAGAGGUUCUCAGCAGAGUUCGUCGAUUUUACCUCGCAGUGCUUGAAGAAGAAUUCCAAAGAACGGCCAACAUACCCAGAGCUUAUGCAACAUCCUUUCUUCACCCUGCACGAAUCCAAAGAGACAGACGUCGCCUCUUUUGUCAAGCUCAUCCUGGGAGACUGAGAACUGGACUUGUGAAAGAAUUGCCCUUCUGUGGACUGAGUCACAGAGCUGUUUUGAUUGAUUGUCCUCAGCUGCAGCUGAAAGUCCAGCCAGCCAGUUUAUAGACUUGGUUCCAGCAUCAAUUCUCACUUUGAAAAACAUGACAUUUAAAACCACCCUUUGGUUUUCCUACAUAUGGAUCUGAUGCUUUCGUUCAAGAUUUGUUUUUGCUGCUUUUCCCCUGCAAUAUAAGUCUCAUUUGGACACCACAUCUCCUUGACCUCAGAGCACCUUCAUUUCAGUGCCAUUGUAAUUGACAGGUUGAAUUGAUGAGAUACUGUCAAAGCUCAGUAUUAAUAGCAGAUAUUAAUGUCACCAGCGUUUUUCAGUAGAGAAUUAAUGGCAGUGCUGUCUGCAGCUAGGAACCCUCUGAAAGGAUUCCUCCGUGCCUCCACACAGGCCUUGCUUUUCUGCUUUCUGCUCUAAUCCCUUUGUUUUAAUGACAUUACAAUUGGGCACACAGCAAAUCCCUCCCCUUCCCUGCUCCUUCUCCAUGACUUGGUCCCUUUUAAAGUCGUUUGUGUCAGCCCAGAGGAAGUGUGGAGCUGUCUGAGCGUGAGGAUGGGAAGUGCUGAGGGGAGCUGUGGCAGCUGUGGGGCUGUCCCUGCAUCCCUCGUGGUGGCCACAAGGCUUGGCCUGACCCAGGAAUUUCUUAGAGAGAAGCCUGAGCUUGGUGGCUUCAGCUCAGGGAGGAGAGCCAGGGGCUCCCGUGUGCCUCAAAGCCCUGCAGACCUGCAGGAUGAGAGUCAGGCUCCUCUCUCUGCUGUUUAAUUGUCACCUCUGUGAAGAUGAAAAGCCUUUGGUUGCUGCUCAGAUCUUUGUUAGGCCAGACAGGCUCUGGGAAACCUUUCCUGACAGGCUGGCCCCCUGAACAGCCCAGGUGAUGAGGAUUAGGGAUGUUCUUCACAAAGGUUGUCUGUGUUCACACAGCACAGGGCUUGGGAUUGCCCCAAACUGGGAUUUUUAGAGCAGCAGGUCUCAAAUGCCAUGAACUUGGAAGAACCCCAAAGCCAGGGAGCAGAGAGAGAGCAAAGCUGCUGGGAGCUCAGCACUGGGCUUGAGCUGGACCCAAAUGAUUCUUUUUGAGGAAAUAACGAGAGCAGGCCAAAAAGCUGUGGGUGGGUUUGCAGGGCAGGGAGGGCCUCUCCAGGCUUCCACAGGUUAUCAGGAGGCACAGCCCAUCCCCAGGGAUCCCCAGGUGUGAUGUCCACCCUCCUCUUUCCCCCACUGUACAGCCCCUGCAAUCUCCAGGAUGCCAGAGGCCUUGCCAUGGCUGGAGCUCUCAAGUGUCACUGGUAGCAAAGAUGUUUUCUGGGUCCCCAGGAGCCCUUUGGACCCUUAAAUCUCAAAGAGGAGUUGGAGGGCAUUUUCUGGUUGCUGUUUUUAAACACCAGGUUCAUGCUGCUGCACUGGGUGCAAUGCCCAUCUUCCCUGGAGUCCUUCCAGGGGUACAAACCUUGACACAGAUAUCUCUGUACUGUAUUUCUCUGGUUUUCCUGACUUCUGUUGUGUUUACUGGUGACAAAGAGGCAACUCUGACUUGUUAAAGAGGUGAAACUUCAUUUCUGGAGGCAGGUGUGUGACGCAGGAGGCAGUUGGUGAGUCCCUACUUGAAAAAAUCUCUAAAAAAUCUCAAUUCUCAACCCUGCUGUUGAGCAGGUGCUGCUGGGUCAGUGCUGCUGCACCUUGCCCAGGUGGGAAGGGGCUGCCAGGGGCUGAGGGCACAGCCUCAGCUGGGAUUUCUCCAUGCUUGCUGCCAGCCAGGUGUGUACCUGCACAUUUCCCUUCUUCCCUACACCUUCUGGAAGAGGAAAUUCCUGCCUGGUCAACACAGCAUUGCUUCAGUGGCUGGUCUGGUGUGGUUCAGACAAGGUUCCCACCAGCUCCUGUGUUUAAUAAAUCUUUUUUAUUCAAAACAACCCCCAAACUCCUCUCUCAGAAAAGCCAGCCAAGAUGCUCCUUUUUUUUUUUUUUUUUCCCUUUCCAUCUUGUUCCUGUUAGAGGAACUCUGGGAGCCUGUCUUGGUGCUUUCACUCUUUCACAUGCCAAAGAUCCCUCUUAGUUAUGCUCCUGCCAAACCAGAUCUUAUAGCCUUGCCUCUGAAACCAUCCACUUCCCUGCUCCUUGGGGUUCCUUUUGUUGCUGUUGCUUUUUCAUUGAAUUUCCUCGUGUUUAUUGACGUGUCUAUUGUUGAGCUUCCUGGACACAUGCAGCUCUCUUUUUUGGGAUACAGGCAAAGACAAAUAGUUGCCUUCACUUCUGUGCCCCUGCUGUUGGGGAAAUACUGUCAGUGAUGUGAUUCCUACAGAAGGGAUGGGUCUCAUGUAGAGCUGGGGUCGUGGAGGGUGUCAAGUGGCACUGCUCCAUUGCCUUGGCUGGAGUAAGGCCAGUUUUGUCCAGCUGAGAAUCUGUCCUUAGUGUCUAAACAGUUAUUACACACUAAUAAAGAUUAAUGAUCAUAAAUCCCCACGGAUUAGACAUUAAAUGGCAAGUUUUGCUCAUUAAUCUUUAUUGCCAUAUUAUGGUUGUUGAUGUUAGAGCAGGCUCCCCUCUCUGCAGAGCUGAGGGGGCUGAGCCUGGGGAGAGGAAGGGUGGACAGAACACUCAGAACACACCACAUGUCCACGGUUUGCACUCUGUGUCCUGCCCCCAGGCUCCUUGUUUCCUUGAAAGCCCUUAAGCAGCAGCAGAGGAUGGAUCCCAGAGCUUUGCCUGCUGCUCUGGCCUCUGCCUGGGCUAUCAAACCCAGAUUGUUUCUGGUGAGAAGGGAUCAGAUCUCCUCAUUAAUCAGAUCUCCUCCAGCCUUUGCUGGAGCAGAUGGAGAAUGUGAAAUUUGCCCUGUGCUCUGCAGAGCUGGGAGAUUCCCCCCUGGAUCGUGGCAGCUCUGUUGAAAGCUGAAAGAACUGUGCUCCUUCACAUAACCCCACUUCAUAAAACCAGUGGCUUUUAGUAAUAAAUAGGGCCAGAAAAAGCUGCAUCUCAGUUUUGGGGUGUUUGCAGAAAAAGCUGCAUCUCAGUUUUGAGGUGUUUGCAGAAAAAGCUGUGUCUGAGUUUCGGGGUGUUUGCAGAAAAAGCUGCACCUCAGCUUUGAGGUGUUUGCAGAUGAAUAAACACAGCCAGGAGCUGGUGGUGCCAGUGCUGCAGGCACAAAGGUCCAUUGCUGGAUAAAUGGAAAGGACUCUGAGAGUGCAGUGAACUUCAAGUGUGGAUUUAAUGGCAUGGGGACAAAACGAGUGCUCUGAUGGGCAGCUGGUGUCAGCCCACCCUGCCAGGGGGGAGCAGGAGAGGCAGACACAGCCUGAGAGCAGCCUGGCUGCCCUUUCCCUCCCCACAUCUUCCUUCAGGCCCAGAUUUGUGGGCACUGGGUCCCACUCAUGCCCAGUUCCAGUAAAGGGAGCAAAAUCUAAAACCCAAAAGAAACCCACAGGGAAAAACCUGCAGGUGACCCAGGGCACGCUGCUGCUGCUGCUGCUUUUUCCUUAAAAAAAGGGAAAAGCCUGGGAGAGGCCUCUGGAGCUGAGAGAGAAGAGGGGAAACUUUCAAGGUGGUCUCCAACCAGCUUAAUGCUGGAAAUUCCCCAUUUUCAGGCCAGCAGGAGGAGGGAAUUGAGCAGGGACAGCCAGGGAGCAGCUGGGGCUGCAGGAUGGUUGUGAUGUGUCCUUCAGAGCAGCCCUGGGAUGCUGGAGAGCUCUCGGCCUCCGUGCACACCUGACAUCCUGGGCACCGUCAUAUUUUUAUUUUCAUGUCCAAAUAUUUCUUAUAUUUUUAUUUUCGUGGGAUUUUACUGGCAGCCAGUGGGAAGGGGAAGGGGCCUGCAGUCCAUGGAGUGCUUUGGGGGAGGAAGGAGCUGCCUGUCCUCUCCAGUUCCCUGCUCCCUGAUUCCAGAGCUGGGAAUCGGCUGCACGGCCGCCCUCCAAGAGCUCGUCCCUUCGUUUGCUGCUGUUCCACUGAAAUUCCCUUUGGGAAUGCUGGGCAGCUCUGGGGCUGCAGCAGCCCUGCUCCAGGGUGGCUCAGCCAGGAUGAGCCACAAUCCCUUCCCUGGGAGCCUCCUGGUUUUUGAAGGAUGGGGCGAGCGUCCAGCGGCCGCGAGGUUCUGCGGGGAUAAGCCGGGAAAAGCUUGGAAGUGGAGAUGGAAAUCUCAAAAGAUCAGACGUCUUCCGGCCAUUUCCAAAGCUAUCUGGUGUUAGCCAGACCUGAAAACCCUUCCUAGAAGUUUUAUUUCAGGGUAUUUUGAUCUGUUACUUUCGCUUUUGGGCUUAGCUAAAUCCAGGAAACUCGCAGUGGUGUAAUUUUUGAAUAAAGACUAAACACACCCCAAGUAUUCCUGAACCGAUCAGGAAAGCUGCUGCUUGGUUUAUCUUCCAGGAAUAAUUCAGGCCAGCCCAGGCUUGAAUUCGGUCUGGUUUUGCCCCUAGAUAAUGAUUCUUUUUGAGGAAAUAAUGAGAGCAGGCCAAAAAGGCUGUGACCUGACACACCAAACUGUUCCAGGAGGAGGAUGGAGAUAAAUGCUCCAGUGAGAGGGGCCAAUGUCUGGAGGCUGGAAGAGCAGCCUGGAGUAUCCAUGGCCUCCAAAAACUCACAUAGACACAUUUUCCCCAGGAACUGUGGGGUGGAGGUGUUGGAUUCUGCAUAUCUUGGGAUUUUUCCCUCUAGGAGAGAACAUUCAGCCAUCUUGAAAUGUCCCAGAACACCCAAAAGCCUUCAGCAUUUUCAUGUUUUUUUUUAUUUUCAGGAUGGAUACUGUGAAAAGUCAGGAAGGGCCAGGUGUCCUCGAUUUUUUUUCAGCCAGGGUGAAGAAAUGUGGAUUAAGUGCCUGGUAAAAGCCCAAAAAAAAAAAAAAAAAAAAAAAAGGUGUGUUUAAAGAUAAAUCCCAGUCUCUGUCAGAGCUGUUGAGCCAGGAUCGAAUUUUCCCAAAUCCAGGUACAGCUGCAGAGCUCUCCAUCCAUUUUUAACCCAAAUUUAGUCACAAAUCCUGCAGAAACACCUACAGCAUGGACUGUGCCUUCUGGGGGGCUUCUUGCAGGCUGGGGCUCAAAAUCCAAUAUCCCCCAACUCAGGAUUUGGCUCUGAAUAUUCCCUUUAAAAUCCAUGUGUAAAGUGAAUUUGCAGGGCUCGGCCGCUGUUUUUAUUUUGGUGAAUCGAGUGGUUUGUGCUUGGUGAGAGCUGUCCCUGUGCCAGGGGCUGCUGGAAAUAGUCACAGCAUCCAAAAGAGCUGGAAUUCUGCAUUUUUUAAUAGCAGUACAAUGAGGGGAAGCUGCUAAAUAGAGCUUCUUGUAAGCUGGAAAUGUGUUGGAGUAAAAUUUAUCAUUUCUUGUAGGGGAAAAAAAAAAACAACUCUCUAAAAUUGUCCAAAAUCUUCAAUUUAAGGAUUUACAGUUUUAUUGGCAAAGAUCCAUGUUUAGCAUCAAUAUAUGGGAUUUCUAGACUUUCUGUCUUAAGGUGUGAAGUCUGCUUUUUCUCGAGAUGGUGGGAACCUGUAACAAGAAUAUUUCUACAUAAUUUUGGCUAGGGAAAAAAAAAACCCCAAACACCAAAAUAUGAGCAAAAAAAUGGAAAAACUCCAAGAUCCCAGUGGUCUCUGGUGUUGAAGAGGGCACAUGAACCUGUUAGGAAGGGGGAGACUUUCCAACCUGCUGUAAUGCAAGUCCUUAUUUUACUUUAUUUUUAGUUGUUUUUUUUUUUUACAGUAACAUCAUUUGGUUGCUUAACUGUGAAAGUCUCUGCUUUUCCAUCCCUGUGGAAGGCUGAUUAUUCUUUCUCAUGUUCUUAUUUAUUAUUUAUCCCUUUCUGGUACUAUCCAAGAGGUGCUGAAGGUAUCUCCCAGCCUGCCCUUGAGCCAUGUGGAAUCCCUGUGGUAUCUCCUAACAGCUGGGCUGGCAUUAGACAGCUAAUUAUGAUUUUAAAUUAAAUUUAUAGCAACUUAGAUUGGUAUUUUUUUCGUGUCCUGGUUUGCUCUAGAAUUAGGGAUGGGGACAAGCAAUCUUGUUUUUUAAAAAAUUGUAAUUUUUUGAGUUUUCUUUUAACAUCUUGGAGGCUUCUGAAGAAACCUGCUCAUUUUUAUGUUUCUAGGGGGGGAUGCACGAGGUGGGUUUCUUGUUCCUUUGAGAGGGGAUUGAGUAGCACCAGGGUUCAGUUUAGCUGGUAAAACGCUGUGUGCCACAUCAUUAAAACCACCCUGAAUUCUGAGAAAACAACCCCUUUCCACCUGGAAAUUAAAAUCUGGUUGGUGACAAACUUGGUUUGUCCGAGGCUCGUGCCAGGCUUUCCUCUGUCAGAUUUCCAUGGAGUUUGCUGGAGCCCUGGGUGGUCAGGAUUGGCCAGGGCAGGGCUGGGGACAGCCAGGUGUCACCUCUGGGGAUGGAGGACACGUGUCCUGCAGAAAUAAUGCAGCAGUUCAUCUGCAGCUUCUUGCUCUCCAGGGGAUGUUGAGGGGAAUCCCCUAAGUGUGGGAGAGAAUCAGGACUGGGGGCUCAAAACCCAUCAGGUUUUGUUCUUUUUAUUCCCUUUCUCCCCUUGGAAAGGUCCUUCAAAAGCUUCCCCAGCCUUUCUGAUAAAGAAUAACAGAAUCAGAGAACCACAGAGUCAUUUAGGGUAGAAAAACCUUUAAAAUCAUCGAGUCCAACCAAAAACUCAGCACUGCCAAGGCCACCACCAAGCCGUGUCCCCAAGUGCCACAUCCACACAUUUUAAGCCCUUCCAGGGAGGGUGACUCAAGCCCUUCCCUGGGCAGCCUGGGCGCUGUGGUGCAGCUGUUUUCAGACAGCUCACGCUGCUUUUCUGGUUUGUUUUCUUUCCCCAACGUAUAAGAAACGUUGGGUAGCAGAAUGUGGAAUUGAUUAGAAGUUCAUAAAGCAGGGACCUCAGAAGGAUGUGGGUAUAAAUGCUUUUCAGGCAUCCGAGGUGAACUUUAAAUGGAGCUUUGGCCCUCAUUUGCUUUCUGCUUUUCAAAAACCAUUUAUGAGAAAGUGGAGCUGUCAAAGCCAUGCAUGAACUUUGCCUUCUUGCAAAUAACUUGUCUCAAAGUAAAUUGUCCAAAUGCACAAGAAACUUGUCUCAAAGUAAAUCCAGUAGCUCUACAAAGCUGGAAUUAUGUGCAUUAGAGAGUGUGAGGUGUGUGUGUGUGUGUGUGUGAGCACGCGUUGUGCUUGGGGGGAGUAACUCAACCAUUUUGAGAUUUACAAAAACACAAUGCAAGUGCUUUUGGAAAAAAAAAAAAAAAGGCAGUGUAAAAUAUUUAUUUCUUGGCAGAAGUACAUCAGACCACAUCUCCCAUCCUUCUUUUAAUUGCUUGGUGUUUGUUUGUGUUGUGUCAGGCUUUGCUGGUUUCCUCCGCAGGGCUCUGUCACCUCACACAACCCCAGUCUCAGCCAGGGCACAGGGCAGCUCCAGCUCCUCGGGAGAGCCCUGGGGUGCAAGCAGGGCACCAAAGGCAGAGUUGGUGUUGGGUUAAAGGCAGCACAGUGCAACGUGGGUGAUUUUCAGUUUUCAGCCUUGUCGAGUGAACUCUUUCCUCGUGAGAAUCCGAACCACGACAGCCUGAGGCAGCACCCCGAAUCACAGCCUUGGGGAGGGUGGGUUGGCCAGACAGAGCAGCUUGGAGGGUGUUAGGUGGCACUGACGUGGGUGUGAGGUGGCACUGGGUGGUUGGCAGUGUCCUGUGGGCUUUGCCCCGGGUUUGGAGCUGCCCCGUGCGGGGUGGGCGCUCCGAGCUCCCGUUCCCAGCCAGGUGCAGACACUGCCAAGUCCCAUCAGUCACACUCUGCCAAGCUCCCAGGCUUGUCCCCGUGCUCCAGAGCCCUUCCGUGCUCACCUGGCUGCCCACCUGCACAGCUGCACGUCCCCUCCCCUUGGCUCCACCUGCAACACUCCCCUGUGCUGUCUUCACCCAUCUCAGUGCUGUUCCUCGUGCUCUGGGGAUGAGCAGGAGCAGCAGAGUGACAGUAGGGCCGUGUGUGUAACGUUUGAGAGGCUUUUACUCCGUGUUGUUGUUUUAAUGAGAUGCUUUUAGGAUCCCUGCUGAACUGGUAUUCUUUAACCUUCACUGCCACAGAUACUUUUCCCCCCACUCUCUUCACUUCAAUCAGAUUGGCAAAAUACAUUUGACUUGAAAACAAAAAAAACCCCAAACAACCCCAAACCCUGCUGAUGGGAUAGGUUACUCCUCUUUACUGUGCUUUGAUUUGAUUUCUCAGGAUACUCAGAGGUUUUUCACUGCUGCUGAGAGGGGACAGUACACCUUUUUGGAGACUUCAACCACUGUAACAUUUUUCCAGAUGUGUGUGUGCGUGUGUGUGUGUGUAACCCAGCACUGUGCGUGCGUGUGUUCUGCUGAAUAUCGUGUGCAUCUCUGAAAUGCUUCAAACAACUGCCUGGAAGUCAAAAACCAACCACCUCUUUCCAGUCAUAUGUUUGCCGUGACUUUUCAUAACCACACUUGAAACUAGUGGUCUUGGAUGGAAAAAUUCAAAGAGCAGGGCAUCUUUAUAGCAAUGGUAUGUCAGUCGAAUUAUGGAAAAUGUACACAAAAAUAAAUAAAUGAAAUUUAAAAGUAACGUUC